GUGUCCACUGCACAUGCGUGAGAAGCACUGUGCUUUGUCCACAGUCUCUGGUCAUCCCUGUACUGUCUGCAGUCUCUGGCCAUCUGUACAGUACUGUGUCCGCAGUCUCUGGUCAUCCCUGUACUGUCUGCAGUCUCUGGUCAUCCCGGUACUGUGUCUGCAGUCUCUGGUCAUCUCCGGUAGUGUCUGCAGUCUCUGGUCAUCCCUGUACUGUCUGCAGUCUCUGGUCAUCCCCUGUACUGUCUGCAGUCUCUGGUCAUCUCCUGUACUGUCCGCAGUCUCUGGUCAUCUCCUGUACUGUCCGCAGUCUCUGGUCAUCUCCUGUACUAUGUCCGCAGUCUCUGGUCAUCUCCUGUACUGUGUCCACAGUCUCUGGUCAUUCCCUGUACUGUGUCCACAGUCUCUGGUCAUCCCCUGUACUGUGUCCGCAGUCUCUGGCCAUCCCCUGUACUAUGUCGGCAGUCACUGG